CAGCAGUCGAUAAGAGUAUAGCAUGCAACACGUUUAACAUAUACGUCUAUAAGUUUUCUCUCUCUUUCUGUAAACGCGCAAGUAAAACAGGCAGGUGCCGAAGUAGUCCCUCCUACUAACCAUUGCACGAGCGUUAGUGCGCUAGUCAGUGGCGAGAAAAAAUGGCGGAUGUCGACUUGAACAUCGACAGCCUCAUACAAAGAUUAUUAGAAGUGUACAACACGCAGAAAGACCAGAUACAGAAGAAAGCCAAGCUAAAAGAUAUUUUCUCGUCGGAUUUUGUCGUAAGAGGAUGCAGACCGGGGAAGACAGUGACGAUGUCGGAGGGAGAAGUACGUGGACUUUGUUUGAAGUCCCGUGAGAUUUUCCUUCAACAACCGAUAUUAUUGGAAUUGGAAGCACCUCUUAAAAUUUGCGGUGAUAUUCAUGGUCAAUAUACGGAUUUAUUGCGGCUCUUCGAAUACGGUGGCUUCCCACCUGAGGCUAACUACCUGUUUCUUGGUGAUUACGUUGAUCGUGGAAAGCAAUCGCUCGAGACCAUAUGUCUUUUGCUAGCCUAUAAAAUCAAAUAUCCAGAGAAUUUCUUCCUGCUGCGCGGGAAUCAUGAAUGUGCUAGCAUAAAUAGGAUAUAUGGAUUUUAUGAUGAAUGCAAAAGGAGGUAUAACAUAAAGCUUUGGAAGACAUUUACCGAUUGCUUUAAUUGUCUACCAAUAGCUGCAAUUAUCGAUGAAAAGAUCUUCUGUUGUCAUGGUGGCCUCAGUCCGGAUCUUCAGAGUAUGGAACAAAUCAAAAGGAUCAUGAGACCCACCGAUGUACCUGAUACUGGUCUUCUUUGUGAUCUACUUUGGUCUGACCCUGAUAAAGACGUUCAGGGUUGGGGCGAAAACGACAGAGGUGUGUCAUUCACCUUCGGUCCAGACGUCGUGUCCAAGUUCUUAAAUCGACACGACAUGGAUUUAAUAUGUAGAGCUCAUCAAGUUGUCGAAGAUGGUUACGAGUUCUUUGCUAAGAGACAAUUAGUCACCCUUUUUUCUGCUCCUAAUUAUUGUGGAGAGUUCGACAAUGCUGGUGGGAUGAUGAGCGUCGACGAAACUUUGAUGUGCAGUUUCCAGAUCUUGAAACCUUCAGAGAAGAAAGCAAAGUAUCAAUACGGUGGUAUGAAUACCGGCCAAGCAGGCAGACCAUCUACACCACAAAGAAAUCCUGCGAAAAAGAAAUGACAGCCUUCUGAUCCGAACGAACAAUUAGUAUUCUCUUUAUUGACAGUGCUGAAAGGUAAGGUUUGUCUAUUUACGAAAAAAGGUCGUACAGAUCCGACGGGACGAUAAUUUUAAUCGCAGAAACUUGUAAGGACUUAUUUUCACGUUUUUCAGCAUGAAGACGUCGAGCUCGAUCUAAUCUAUCCUAAUCCGUUAAUAUAAAAGAUAAAGUGUGCGUAAGAUUACUCUUACUUUUUAUGUUGAUUGCAUCUUAACGAGAUAAGCGGUGUAACUAAUUCACAAACGAUACGAUUAUUUCUUUUUCCCCCUCUUUUUUUUUUUUCAUCGAACUAGGCGAGACUCGACGCCUACGUUCUAUGAAAAUAACUUGCAUUUUUCCAUACUGAAGAUAGUCCAAGAUAUAAUGGCGCAGAGAAAUAUAAGAGACAGAUCAACUUUAUUGCAAUAACUUUGUUGUUUGUUUUCAAUUAAUUUAUUGGAGAAUUUCUCCUACGUUAUUUUCCAAUUAUAAUACAUUAUAAAAUGAUAUAUUAAAUAUUUUUUUAAAUAUAUAUAUAUACAUAUUUAUUUUUUAUUUUUUUUAUAAAUAUAUAUUUAAAGUUAUUGCAAAUAAAUUGUGUUAACAAUCUCUGUGUAAUUUUGCAACCGCUGUAGCAAUUUUUGUCGAGUAUUAAUGGUCCGGAACAUUCGUUUAAGUAUUUAUUUCUUCCAUGCUUGUAUAAGUUCAAGAGAUAUCGAGAUUGAUUAAUGUCCGCGUUAUUUAGAGAUUUUUCGAUUAAUUAAUUACUACCACUAAUUUUAUUUAUUGUUAUCAUUGUUCGUCGUCCAACGUUAUCAUCGUCAUCGUCAUCGUCAUCGUUAUUAUCAUCAUCAUCAUCAUUAUUACCAUCAUUACAAUCAUAAUCAUCUCAUUAUCAUUAUAAUUGUUAUUCUCAUUAUAAGCAUUGCAGUUGAUUACGUAACAUAGAAUGCUGCAAAUGUACAUAGUUAGAGGUUUUAGUAGCUAUUAUGUUCUUCAUUUUUUAUUUCUCUCUUUCUAUUUUCCUUCCAAUUUUUCUUUUUAAAUAUUGCAUUUGAAAAAUUGAUUUUAAUUUUAGCAAUCUCUACGAUAAUAUUGAUUAUAUACAUACUGAAAG